UUUGCUGCAAUUGACUUCCGCCAUGACGUUAGCAUUCAUCCGGGCAGCAGCCGCCGUUGUUUUUGCCAGAAGCUGUGUUAGCAGUGGCAAAGUGUUUGUGGGAUUUGCACGUAAGUCGCCGUAUUCUGGUUUUUCUCUGCAAGUGCAUCAAGUGUGUAAUUACGCCAAAAAAGCCAUGGGUUUGCCGCGUUGCUUUUUUGAUAUGAGCGCCGAUAAUUCUCCGCUGGGACGUAUCGUCAUUGAGCUACGCACUGAUGUAACUCCAAAAACAUGUGAAAAUUUCCGAGCACUUUGCACAGGGGAGAAAGGCUUCGGUUACAAGGGCUCUACUUUCCAUCGUGUGAUUCCGAACUUCAUGUGCCAGGGUGGCGACUUUCAAAACCACAACGGCACCGGUGGCAAGUCGAUCUAUGGUAACAAGUUCGAGGACGAGAAUUUUAUUUUGAAGCAUACCGGACCGGGCAUCCUUUCAAUGGCCAACGCUGGACCCAACACCAACGGAUCUCAGUUCUUCGUUACCACCGUGAAAACCUCUUGGUUAGACGAACGUCAUGUCGUCUUCGGCAGUAUUGUUGAAGGCAUGGAUGUUGUUCGAAAGAUUGAAUCUUAUGGCAACCAGUCCGGCAAGACUUCCAAACAGAUCGUCGUAUCUAACUGCGGUCAGCUAUAAAUUCUUUCCGACUUCGCUACACAAUGCUUUCCUAUUCAUAAUUUUAUAUUCAGUUUACGUUUAGAUUGCUUUCAUUAAAUCGAUUCCUAACAGCAUAAUAUUGAAACGGAAAUUCUAACCGGCGAUUCCAAAGUACUGUAUAAUCUAUCGUUUUUUUCAUAUUCUGUGUAAAGGAGAAGUAAAUUCGUUCCAAAAAUAAAUUCAAUUUUACUUUUAUGCAAA